AUGAACGUCUAUACUUUAUUCUUGGUACAGGUCAUGUUAUGCGUUUGCAGACCCUGCCGCAUAGACAGGAUUCGAUACGAGUGCUACCUAGAAAAGAUGAAUUUCGUUCCAGAGCAAUAUACUGUACCUGCGGCAGGUCAUACACGUCCUCCCCUCCGUCUUGGAGCGUUGCUCGGUCUAGGUCUAUUACUUCCCAGUUCUCUCUUCAGCUUCCUGGUAGCCCUGUCAAUUCUGUCGUUCAACUUCAUUAGCGCAUUCGAGCUCGUCACCACAUUGGCCUUGGCCACAUCUCUCUUUCUCUUUGCCAGUGCCACGGCCUCUUCACCAUCAAAAUCGCUUGUGCAAACUGUACUGAGAAACUCCAAAUCCUCACUGACGAGCUCACAGACUUCCCGGUUGAGCCUUUCAAACCUCUUCUUCGGGCACUGGCGAAUAAACCUCUUCACAUUCCGGUCGCAUAGCACGCUGACGCGUAGCCACCUGCGUGCAAAUUCGAGGUUGUCCACACGUCUCCGCAAUUCUGCUUGCGCCUUCCGUAGUUCCCUCCGGAAUUCGGGGAGCCGCUCCGUUAAACCGGUGAUUGUGCGCUGCAGAUCGCGGAUGCGACGACGACGUCCGGGGGCGGUUUGA